AGCUUUUGGUUACUAUUCUUUUGUCAUCUACUAAUUUAUCGCACUAGAAAUGGUAUGUGUUUCUCAAUGUAGAAAUAAUAUUUGUUUGACUUAAAUUUCUCUCUCAUCCAUCUAAAAGCCACACCAAAGGACCUUGAACUCAAACCAAACUCAUUCAUCCCCUCAACUCGCCACCUCCAUUGCAUGCUCUCACUUCCUUAGUCUCCUCACUAAGUCACUAUAUAUACCCCUCCCUCCCAACAGCUUCCUUCACAUUUCCACUUUCUCCUCCUCAACCUCUUCUCCACCUAUUUCCGCAAAUUAAUGGCACUUGAAGCUAGGCACCACAAUCAUUUCUCUCCGCAAAUCAUCACAAACAAUAGGGAAUUCGGGAAGAUUGAUGAGGCCAAGCUAAACAAUCCUGUACAAAUGGCUAGUGCAAAUCCUUUUGCUACCACAAUGGAAAAUCCGUGGAUGGGCAUGAAUCAUCAGUUUAUGGGAAUGAAUAAUAUGGUGAUUCAACCGGAAACUAAUUUCGUUAAGGUGGAGAAUGAAGUCCCGGUCAUCCUACCAAAUGACCCAAGAAAACGUUCUAGAGAUUCAAUGGAAAAUCAGUUCGACAAUCUCAACAUCCCUCCUAUGAUCACAGAUGAUGUUCCUCCAGGUUUUGCACCACAAACCAAUUUUCUGCAGGAUGAGUAUCAUCAAUGGGACAUAGACUAUAUCCUUUCCCAAUUUACCAAGAACAUUAAAGUGGAACUCGAGACACAAACAGAGCGAGACCUGAAAUUUUUGCUGGCUAGUUUAACAUCAAAGUUCAUAAAAAAGAUGAAAAUCCAAAGUGAAAAAAUUUCCAGGAUUGCCAAACUAAACAUGGCACUCCAAGAAAGAGCCAAGGCUCUUUGUGCUGAAACACAGCUCUAUAAAGACAUUGCGCGCCACGCUGAACUCACCAACAUGUCUCUCCGCAGAGACUUUGACAGAAUCCUAGCCAAGGUCAGCCAGCACAACAGGCCUAUGCCAAACGAGGCUGCUGAGCAAGACGCGGAGUCUUGUUAUGGAAGUACUGAUUUCGGAAACAAUGAUCAAGGGGUCGACCAGGAUGUCACUACAAGAAUUCCCGAGAUUUGCAAUAGGAUGUGUAAGAAAUGCGGGGAAAGGGAAUCAAGCGUUUUGCUUCUGCCCUGCAGGCAUCUUUGCCUUUGCGGUGUGUGUGGGAGCAGUGUUCAAGCGAAUUGCCCGGUGUGUGACACUGGAAUGACUGCAACGGUGCAUGUUUGCCUCACUUGAAGUCUGUUUAGGGAGUGAUCAGGUUAGAAUAAGAGAAGCUGUGUAGAGUUUCUCUGUGUUUUAGUAUGUUUGUUUAGCCUAGUGGUGCUUUGUGGUGCUAAAUGCUGAGCUAUCCAGCCAGUUUUGUACAGUUUCAAUGUUCUAGCUAAUCAAUCUUUUGUUCGUUUUUCA